UGUCUAGCCGACCUCCUCUUUCCCAGUCGCCAUUGCCUCCGUAGGCACCGAAGAAAGCUCCACUGCAGCUGUGACCCCCUGGCGAGGUGAUGGCCAAGGUGUCGGUGCUGAACGUGGCUGUCCUGGAGAACCCGAGCCCUUUCCACAGCCCCUUCCGGUUCGAGAUCAGCUUCGAAUGCAGUGAGGCCCUGUCUGACGACCUGGAGUGGAAGAUCAUUUAUGUGGGCUCAGCUGAGAGCGAGGAGUUUGAUCAGAUCCUAGACUCAGUGCUGGUGGGCCCUGUCCCUGCUGGAAGGCAUAUGUUCGUCUUUCAGGCUGAUGCCCCAAAUCCAACCCUUAUUCCCGAGACGGACGCUGUGGGUGUGACUGUGGUUCUCAUUACCUGCACCUACCAUGGACAAGAAUUUAUCCGUGUGGGCUACUAUGUCAACAAUGAGUACCCAAACCCAGAGCUUCGGGAGAACCCACCUCCAAAGCCAGACUUCUCUCAGCUACAGCGGAACAUCUUGGCUUCUAACCCCCGGGUGACCCGAUUCCAUAUCAACUGGGACAACUCAGACAGGCUGGAGGCCAUAGAGAACCAGGACCCCAACCUGGACUUCAACCUUUCCCUCAAUUGCACCCCCAUCAAAAGCCUGGGCCUCCCUAGCUGCAUCUCAGGCCUCCUCCCGGAGAACUCCAUGGACUGCAUCUGAUGGGGGCCACACAGUCUCCUUGCACACCUGGAGGGGACCUACAGGCCCUCAUGCUUGGUCAUUUCAAGGAUUUGGAGGCCACCAGCUGCCUCCAGACCGGUCUGCCCCAAGGAAAAUAUGGACUCCAAUCUCUCAGCUCAGGUCCAGAAGAAUCAUCUCACUUCUGACCCACCAACCUCUAAGAAGCAGGUACUCAUAUGCUCAUUCUUUGGUCAUUUUUUCCUUCUACACUAUCAGUUCCUGUGAGAAAUUCUCUGAACGUUACCUUCCUUGAGGCAUGUUUGGGUGAUGCUUGGCUAGCCUUUGGUCAAAGGUUGUCACUCCUUCUCACUCCAGUUCUUGGGGGUCUCAGGCAAGGGAUACUGGUUAGAAGGCAGACGGUACCACUACUGUCCUACCAGGGUGUCUAGGUCAUUUAGUCUAACCACUACCAGAAAACUCCCUAAAGGUGAGCUCCUCGGGCCACGAAGGAAUGGUGGGUAUUUUGAUCAUAGCCACCUUCUCAUCUCAUAACUGGGCCCAGCUUUCUCAGUAUGGCCUUGGAUAAGAGGCAAGUUGGAGGUCUCGCUUUGUGAAGUCUGACUGACCCCAUGGAGUCAUCAGGGUUUGCUUUGAUGACAUGUUCUCAUGAGCUACCCAGUACUCCAGGAUAAGGAGGCAUUUGGCAGGCUGACCUGAGAAAUUCCCACUCUAUUUAUCCUUACCCUAAGCCCUGGGUCCCCUUGCUGCUGCUACAUGGAUGCUAUUGUGAUUGCAGUGUGUAUAUGAAAAUGAUUUUAUAUUAAAAGUUUUGGUUGAUUUAAAAAUAAAAGCACUUCAUCUA